CGGGUGAUGAAAUCAUCCUACUCGCGUUCUGGUAGCACCUCACGACAUUCUGGAUCAAAAAGUCCUGGGCUAUCUCGUCGAAGCAGAUCUCCUGCAUCAGUUAAAAGAGGAGGUUACUACACAGCUUUUUCUCCAGUCAAAUCCCCAGUGAAUGGAACUCCAAGCAGUCAGCUGUCAACACCCAAAUCCACAAAGUCAUCCAGCUCCUCCCCGACUAGCCCCGGCAGCUUGAGAGCUCAUAAGAUUAUUCACCAGAUAGGUCUGUCUGCCAAUGUGAAUGGAGUACCUCAGCAAGCCAAUGGCACCAGUUCAGAAGGUGUGAAUGGAAAUAGAUCCUUGCCAGCUUCAACUAUUCUUGAUAAAUAUAAAGUUGGAAAGGUGAUUGGAGAUGGGAAUUUUGCUGUCGUUAAAGAAUGUGUGGAACGAUCCAGUGGCAAGGAGUAUGCACUGAAAAUAAUCGACAAGGCCAAGUGCAGUGGUAAGGAGCACUUAAUUGAGAAUGAGGUGGCAGUUCUGCGGAGGGUUAAACAUCCCAAUAUCAUCAUGUUAAUAGAAGAGGUGGACACACCAACAGAACUGUACCUAGUAAUGGAGUUAGUCAAGGGUGGAGAUCUGUUUGAUGCCAUUACAUCAUCAACUAAGUACACAGAACGGGAUGCCAGUGCAAUGGUGUACAACCUAGUUUCUGCACUCAAAUACCUGCACAGCCUGAACAUUGUGCACAGGGAUAUCAAGCCGGAGAACUUGCUGGUGUGUGAAUAUGUAGAUGGCACCAAGUCCUUGAAACUGGGUGACUUUGGUCUGGCAACUGUGGUGGAUGGACCCCUGUACACAGUGUGUGGCACACCAACAUAUGUCGCUCCAGAGAUCAUUGCAGAGAGUGGAUAUGGUUUAAAGGUCGACAUUUGGGCAGCAGGAGUCAUUACAUACAUCCUCCUGUGUGGGUUCCCUCCAUUCCGCAGUGAGAACAAUGUCCAGGAAGACUUGUUUGACCAGAUUCUUGUUGGACGACUGGAGUUUCCCUCUCCUUACUGGGAUAGUAUCACCGGCUCUGCUAAAGAACUGAUUAGCCGAAUGUUGCAGGUGAACAUUGAAGCUCGGUACACAGCUGAGAAGGUUCUUACUCAUCCAUGGGUGGCUGAUGAUACAGCACAAGAGCGAGACAUGCAGGUAGCAGUAACUGGAAAAUUGAGAAAGCACUUUAACCCAGUAGCAAAGCAGAGCAACAGUACUGCUGGCGUCAGUGUUAUAAUGAUGCAGCAAGAAGUGCAGUGCAAUGAUUAAUAUCCUUUAUGGACACUAGAAGAUUAUAAGUUUGAAGUGUAAGAGGGAGAGGGUGAGGAGCUCCAGUCCUCAUACUGAGACAAUGGAUUAACCUGGAACAACACCAUGGUGUAGAACACAGUGCCCUUACAGGGUGACCAUUCACUAACUCCCAGCCGGUUCAAAUUUGCAUGGCCUGUUGCCUUGUGCCUCUCAGCUCUUUUCUAAGCUUUCUCAGCUCACACAAGGCAGAACUUUUCAUGGUGUGGAUUCAGGCUGAUGCUGCUAUUUAAGGGAGAGCACAUACCUUUCUUAUCUAUUGCUUGUACUGGAUUAAUUUCACCUCAGACUCACUCGAGAAUCAAAAUUUUCUGGACUGCUGAAUACUUGACAGGAUCAGAAAAAGUCUCCUACGUGAUAGACCUCAUGCUGUUGAUUUGAAAGGCCAAAAGCAUACUUCAUAACUGUACAUGGACAAGAAUUGGUUUUAAGAUAAGCACCGGUGUUAAAAUUCUUCAGGAAUAACAGAAGAAACCAAGAACUUCCAAAAAAGGAAGACAACCUGAAAUUGUUUCGAGUAGGCAGAGUGGUCUUUGAGUGCCAUCUGGUGUUAGCAAAGCUGAAUUGCUAUAUGUCAAAAGCUUUGCUAAAAUUUCUUUGGUUUCCACUAAAUCUGUGAUCCUUAUUUCAUAAAUGUUUAAUUUAGCCCUGAUUGUUAGAGUGCUUUUGCAUUAUGUAUUAUGUUCAUGUGAUGCUUGGUUCUCUAAGAUAUGAUUAUGUGAUCAAAGUGAUGUUUUUAAUUGCAGGGUUAUCUAUUAGCUAGUAAAAAUAAUUCAACUCCAUCUUUAUUAAAGCAGAGUUCUUGAGAGCCAAGUAUUUUGCAUGUUGCAACAAGGUAUGAGUUGUAAUAAUUGUCCUUCAGUACAGCACAGAAGAGAGUCAGAUAUUUGAGGAGGGGCUGCUUCAUCCUGCAUCACUUUAAAUGUUUUAAACGGCUGCCUGUUUCCAUUGACAAAUCUUCUAAAAUAAAAUCUGUGCAAAUGAUUGGCAUGAUGUAACUACAAAAUAAAACAUGACAGAAAUUGGGCAACUUCCCACGCCAGUUUUGCUACCAGCAGUAGAAAUGUGUCAAGGUUUAUGUAUUCAGUGAAAUGUCUGAGUUGGAAUCCAUAAUCGACAAGUUUUACAAUGAAUUGAUUUGGAAAAAGUAAUUUGCUGCCACAUUUGUGGUGUGUUUUCUUGAAGAUAUACAAAUAUAAAUGUGUUUGAACUGUGACGAGUCUAUCGCUGUGCUUCUUCCCUCCCACCUGUGGCCUACACCUGCAUUGCUUCUUUGUUUAGAUGCCUGCGGCUCAUGUUAACUGCAUCA